AUGGUAACAGUGUUCACGGUGGCAGCUAAUGGUAGUGACGUUAGUAGUGGUGGUGGUGAUGAUGGUCGUAUUAGUAGUGGUGGUGGUGGUGACGGUGACGAAGUUGAUAUUAGUGGUGGUGAUAGUGGUUGUAGCAAUGUUAGUGGUGUUGGUGGCGAUGACGAUAGUGAUGGUAGUAACGGUGGUGGGGUGAUGGUGAUAGCAGUAUUGGUGGUGGCAACAAGUAAUGGUGAUGUGGUGGUGAUAGUGGUUGUAGCAAUUGGUUCCGACGACAUUGGUGAUGAUUAUGGUGACGAUGAUGGAGGUGAUAUUGUUGGUAGUGGUGGUGUUGGUGACAAUGAUAGUGAUAGUGACAUUGAUGGUGUAGUAGCAAUGUCGAUGGCAACGAUGGUGUCAGUGACUGUGGUGUUAGUGGUGGCACCAAGUGGUGACACCAAGUGGUGGCAGUGUGAUGGUGGUGUUAGUGGUUGCGACAACAUUGGUGGUUGUUGUAGUAGCGAUGAUGGAGAUGGUAAUGGUGAUAAUGAUGAUGGCGGUGACGGUGAUGGUGGCAAUAAUGGUGGUGGUAGUAAUGUUGGUGGUGAUGGUGAUGUUGGUGAAAAUGGUGGUGGUGGUAGCAAUACUUGUGGUUGUGGUGGAGGUAGCUAG